UGCACCAUCACGUGUAACCUUGAGCACCAUAAAAACCUUGCACCAACAGCUAUUCCUGUUCCUUACGUGUGCGGGUUUACUCACUCCACUAGUCUGCCUGUCUUUCUCACAAGAUUCUCAAAUAACUCGGUGUUUUAUCAAGAAUUUCCACAACUUUAGAAUUAUGGGAAGUGUAGAGGCUGCACUGACUCUACUAGAUGACCUCAGUACAAAAGAUAAAAGAGCUUGCAUAGAGCUCCUGAUACGAAUUUUUAGAAAUGUCGUCAGUCAUCCAGAUGAUUCCAAGUAUCGGACAUUGAAGAUAACCAACAAGACAUUCAAUGGUGAUGUGUGGCAGCAUGAAGCUGGUAGAAUGGUGAUGAAGGCUGCUGGCUGGGUGACCAUAGGGGAUACUGUACAAUUGCCAUCGCACGUGAACCUCACAUUGGAGCUUCAAGUAAUUCUUGCAAAUAGGGAAGUGAAGCCUGAUGAGAGAGAAUGGAGAAAUGAAACAAAAAUUAUAGUUCCUAAUGCUGCUAAGCAACGUGAAGAAGAACUUCGCAGAAAAGCUUUGGCUGAAAAGGAAAAAGAAAUGGCUAUUCUGCGAAAGGAAAUGGCUGAACGAAAAGAAAUUGCUGAACGGAUCCGUGCUGAACAUCGCAGAGAUCAAGAGACAAAGCGUGUAAAAAGUGCUGCCAAGGCUGUACCAAGGGGCAAGGGUGAAACUUCAAAAAUGACUGAUUUGUUGCCUAAAUCUGGUGGGGGAUGAGGUUAAAUGUAAGUCAGUUGCCAGCUAUGAGCUAUGGUAAAUCCCUCUUGUGGUAUAGAAAUGGUUGUGAACAGUUAUUUUAAGGCAAUGUUUCUAUUGCUAAAAUGGUUUUGGUAAGCUAUGUUUUUAUUGUUUUGCAAGUUAAUUUAAGUUUACAGCAGUACUGAAAGUUUGCUGUUAAAGGACUCUAAAACUUAAGCUCACACCUGAAAGUUUAUCACAAGACUAAGAGAAUUGCUCAUUCUGGUUACUGACUUCCUAAUAAUUAUUUAUUUAUUGUCUUAGUAUGAAUAGUUUUUAAAUGUAUUUCUGUAUAGGGGAGAGCAAAGAUCCUAUGGACACUUUUUACAAUCUUAUAUGUUUAAAUUUUAGCUUUAUAGGUAGACUCAUUUGGAUUGUGUUAUAACUUCAUUAGGUCUUGAAGGGUUUUUACCCCUGACAUUUAACAUUCUACGAUAGUAAGUUUUGUAGGUAGACCUUUUUUAAUAAAAUUAAGCAGCUGUCUGAAAUUAGCCCACUUGUGUGAAUGAAUCAUAUAUGUGGUAGGAAUGCUUAGCAAUUCAUUUUUUUUUACCACGCUGUCCAUCCACCAGGGUAAGGUAACCCCUUUUCCCCAAUAAAUGCAAAGGAAACACAUUCAACAUCUUUCACUCAGAAUCUGUCUAGCCGACAAUGCUGAGACAUUACAGUUCAAAGAACCUUUUAAACUGCAACACUGUGCUUUCCACUUCCAGGUCUCAGUUCAGCUAACCAGUUUUACCCUGAAUCUCUUCAUAAAUGUUACAUUGCCUACCACUUGCUUCCACUCUCUCUGAUGUAACACACUCACACAUGCCUACUGGAUGUUCAAGCCCCUACCACUUAAAAUCUCCUUUACUCCCUCCCUCCAAUGUUUCAAGGGUUGACCUCUGCCCCUUCUUCCUUCCACCCAUGAUUUAUGCACCUUCUUGGUCAUCCUAUGCUGCUCCAUCCUUUCUAAAGGCCUAAAUCACUUCAACAACCCCUCUUCCAUCAUAUGAAUUAUUCCUCUCUUAACCUCCACACCAUCUUCUAAUUGCCAUGUUCAAAAUUCUCUGCAUAAUAUCCAUACCCCACACACAUUGUUCUCAAAUGAAAUAUAUCUAUUACCUCUACAUGUGUAAAAUUAAAUUCUACAGGAAGAUACAUUUUUAUUAUAUCUUGGUAUGGGUGUAUACAUUGGUUAAUUUCAACUUGUCUUUGAAAUUUAAUGUUCCAUGACAAAAUUUGGAAUGUGUGAAGUGCCAAAUAACUGACCAGUUGCAUCUUUCACAUGAUGCUAGACCAGAGACUUGAUGGUCAUAUUCUUAAGUAUUUCCUAUGCUUCUUAUGUUUAUAGUAUUAUUCCAUCAUUUGGAGAUUAGGAGGAGGUGUGGGAUUACCAAAACUAUUAUCCAGAGGGCCGAGGAGAGGUUAUUGAGAUGGUUUGGACAUGUAGAGAGGAUGGAACAAUAUAGAAUAACUUCAAGAGUAUACAAAUCUGUAGUGGAGGGAAGGCGAGGUAGGGGUCAGCCUAAGAAAGGUUGGAGGGAGGGGUAAAGGGGUUUUUUGUGCGAGGGGCUUGGACUUCCAGCAAGUGUGCGUGAGCAUGUUAGACAGGAGCGAAUGGAGACAAAAGAUUUUUAGGACUUGAUGUGCUGUUGGAGUGUAAGCAAGGUAACAUUUAUGAAGAGAUUCAGGGAAGUGGGCAGGCAGGACUUGAGUCCUGGAGAUGGGAAGUACAGUGUCUGCAUUCUGAAGGAAGGGUGUUAAUGUUGCAGUUUUAUAACUAGUGUAAGCACCCCUCUGGCAAGAUAGUGAUGGAGUGAAUGAUGAUGAAAGAUUUUCUUUUUUGGGCCACCUUACCUUGGUGGGAAAUGGCCAAUCUGUUAAUAAAAAAAUAAUAAAUUUUAAAUUAUUAUAAAGCAUAAAAGAAUCAUUAUAGCAAAUCACACAUUAUAAGUAAUGGUUUAUACAGCUGUCUGUGCCCUCAAUCAUAUCAACAAGUGUACUGUCUAUUAUAAAAACAGUGAAUUCUAGCAUUUGAACAAGAUGAACACAAAAUUUUAUGUAUCAUUCACUAAAGAAAUGCAUAGAUGUUGCAAUUUAUAUACAAUUGCACCUAGGUCAGAAACUCUGUGGACAUCUUUGAUCAUAAUGUAGGACAGUGAAGUCAUAACAUAUUCACACUAAAUCUCGAGAGUACAGGUCCAGUUUAAUGUUUUUUGGGCAAAUAGACCGUCCAAGCUACCUAGCUGUCUAAACCAUCAUUGCUCUCCCCCUAACUUGCUUAAAGUACUGUAGUGUAAUUUUAUUCACAUUGAAAUAAUACAGUAGAGAAUAUUGGAUAUGAAUACAGUGGAAUUAUUAGGUAUUUCUUAUGAGCAUUUUGGGGAAUCGUUUAGCUCUCACAAAAAUACAUCAGUUAUUACUGUAAUGUACUGCUUCAGAAAAAAGUUCCUGGACACUCUACUGGGCAGAAAUAAUAUUGGGCAACUCAUGUAAUGAACAGAAGAAUAAAGACUAUUUUCAUGAAUGAAUAGUGCAGCUUGUAAUGAAGAUUGUGAUUGGGUGACAAAAUUAAUUGCCAGUACUUUCUGUGUAUCUUUAUAACAGUAGAUUUAUGAGUGUAGAUAUAAAUUAAUUACCAUUUGUAUAUCAUAUCCAAGAAUAUAAAACCAAAAAAAAAAUAUUUGAAAAGGUAACUGAAUAUAUUGUAAGAGAAUUGUAAGGAAAGUGUUACCAUCGUACAUCAGUCAUAUCUACUCAGGUAAAGCAUAAUUUUGAUUUAUGAUAAAUGGACACAGAUACAACUAAUAUGACACUUUAUUUUAGCAAUGUUUUGCUCACCCGGAGCUUUGUCAAUCUGUUACAAACAAUGCAGGGAUGCAUGAGAUAUAUAUAGGUAACAAGGGUCCUUAAUUGCCAUUUCAAACACUGUUAAACAGAAAAGAGGCAGUUUUGCCAUCUUCUCUUUCAAAGGGCAGGCAUUGUACCUCCCACCUCCAGGACUCAAGACCGACUAACCGGUUUCCCUGAAUCCCUUCACAUAAUAUUACCCUGCUCAUACUCCAACAGCUUGUCAAGUCCCAAAAACCAUUCGUCUCCAUUCACUCCAUUCACUCCUGCUUGAGUGUGUUAGAUAGGAGUGAAUGGAGACGAAUGGUAUUUGGGACCUGACGAUCUGUUGGAGUGUGAGCAGGGUAAUAUUUGGUGAAGGGAUUCAGGGAAACUUGUUAUUUUUAUAUAGCUGGACUUGAGUCCUGGAAAUGGGAAGUGCAAUGCCUGCACUUUAAAGGAGGGGUUUGGGAUAUUGGCAGUUUGGAGGGAUAUGUUGUGUAUCUUUAUACGUAUAUGCUUCUAAACUGUUGUAUUCUGAGCACCUCUGCAAAAACAGUGAUUAUGUGUGAGUGAGGUGAAAGUGUUGAAUGAUGAUGAAAGUAUUUUCUUUUUGGGGAUUUUCUUUCACUUUGGGUCAUCCUGCCUCGGUGGGAGACAGCCGACUUGUUAAAAAAAAAAAAAUGUAUGUAAAUUAACAGUAUUCUGUAAGACAUUAUGUAGACCUCGUCCAUCAAAGUUAUGCUUACAUGAGCAGAUAUGACUGAUGUAUGAUUAUUAUGGACCUUUUCUCAAUCAUAAUACUUCCCUUACAAUACAUUUUAUAUUAAGUCACCUUUUCAAAUAAUUUAUGUUUUUAUAAUGUUGAAUAUGAUAUCAGAACGGUAAUAAAUUCAUGUAUGCAUUCGCAAAUCUAUUUCUGUAUAGAUGCACAAAGUACCGGCAAUUAAUUUUUUCAACCAGUCACUACUGUCAUUACAAGCUGCGCUAAUUCAUUCAUGACAAUAUUCUUAACCCCUCUGUUUACUACGUCUAGGUUGCCUGAUAGCAUUUCUGCUCAGGAACUCUCCUGGAACUUUUUUCCCCAACUGUACAUGGUAGAAAUAUUACAUUACAAACAUGUAAAAAUGUAAAUUUAAGAGAAGUAUCCUUUUAUUAAUUAUUGUCGUUGUUAAACUCCAUUUAAUUAGCAGUAACUCUUUAAGAGAACUAACUACUGUAUUGUAUUCUGUGACUAGGCAAUUUCACUUAUUACUUUAAAAAAUAUACAAAUAAUUUAGCUUGUAUUCUAAUAUAUAUGAAACUUUUACCAGAAAGACUAUCAAGCCAGGAUAAAAGUGGAUGUCUUUUAUUAGGAUUACAAGUUAAUAACCAGCCUGUAAAAUAAAAUAUUGUGUGUGUGUGUGUGUGUGUGUGUGUGUGUAAUAUAAUUAGCUGCACUAUGACUUCGUUUUCAUUGAUAAUUAAUGAAGCUCUCACUAACAGCUUAUAACAAGAUUGAAGAGGUCAGAAAGAAAGUGGAUAACAUGUUAUACCAAGGACUCCUGGAGCGAAAAGGAUACAGGUUAUGCUGAUGACUUCUAGAGUGAAAGUGGAUACAUAUUCUGUGGAGGACUGCUAGAGUGAAAGUAGAUGCAUACGUAUUUUGCUAGUGAAGGUGUAUACAUAUUCGGCUAGAGUGAAAAUGGAUACAUAUUCUGCUAGAAAGUGGAUACAUAUUCUGCUAGUGAAAGUGGAUAUAUAUUCUGCUAGAAAGUAGAUACAUAUUCUGCUAGAAAGUGGAUACAUAUUCUUCUAGUGAAAGCAAAUAUAUAUAUUCUUGUUAGUGAAAGUGGAUACAUAUUCUGCUAGAAAGUGGAUACAUAUUCUGCUAGUGAAAGUGGAUACAUAUUCUGCUAGAGUGAAAGUGGUUAUGUAUGCUAGUGAGAGUUGAUGCAUAUUCUGCUAGUGACAGUGGAUGCAUAUUCUGCUAGUGAAAGUGGAUGCAUAUUCUGCUAGAGUGAAAGUGGAUACUUAUUCUCCUGAGAGCUGGAGUUACCUGGAGAGGGCUGCUAGAAGUGGAUACAUAUUUUAAUGAGGACUGCUGAAUAUUCUGCUGAGGAAGGCUAGAGUGAAAAUAUAUACAUGUUUUGCUCAGGGCUGCUAGAGUUAUAUUUAGGGCACGAAAGUGAAUUUAAGAUUUAUUUUUUGGGGGGGGACUUUGCUGUACGUAUAUGAUAAAACGCUAUUGUAGUAUAUCACAUAGCUUCUUCAGCUGGAGUAUAAUGUGACAUACCUUUGUGAUUUGGUGUAUUGAUAGUUUUUUUGUAGUUGUUUUCCAUCACUUAUUUUUCGAUUUUUGUUACACAGUAAUAUAUUUUGAAUGGGGGUUAUGAUUUUUUUACUUCAACAACUUCAAUAAAUAGGAUAUAGAGUACUAACCUCUAUUAAAAUAUUUUUUUUUUUUUUAUGUUUGUAACUGAUAAAAACUAUAGGGGUUAAAGAUUAAGGAAAUGUUUCUUUUCUUUAGAGUCAUCAGUUAAAUUGAAGUAAAUGAACAAUGCAAUAUGGAAAGGUACAUUUACAGACUGUUUCACAUAAAGAUUCAAUUGGAAAAACAUUCAUAAAA